AUGCACAUGUCAGGCCGGCAUGUUAUUGGAGAGAAUUCAACUGCUAUCUUGAGCACCUCACAUGCAGAGUGCAAGGACACAUGCUUCGACUUUUCCGAGGCCGACAAUUUCUUCACCAUGGAUGGGGUCACCACUAGCGAUAUGGAUUGGCCACAAAAGCAUAAGCGAACAACUGCUGACCACCCCCUUCUCAUUUGGUUGAGUGAGCGGGACAAUUACCUUGCAGAGUUGAUUCGGAUAGAUGGCCGUGGAGAUGUUGGUGAUAUAGCUGUGAUGAUUUACAAAUGUACUGUCGCGAACCAUUUACGCUUGCCCACCCAUCGUGUUGACGAGGUUUUUUUCCAGAGGAUGUCACUCAAGAAGCUGGGCCUUCGUAUUCAACUUGGACAUCCCGUUGGCCAGCACUGCAUCCUUCCCCAUCAGGCCUUCAAUGACGACUUCAUUCUCAUAGACACGGAUGGCAUAUAUGAGAUUGGACUUGAUUUUUUACUACAACAGUAUCAGAUCCUUUCCUUCAAGUCAAAGGCUUCUGCCUACGAAUUCUAUCACACACUCGUUCACCUGACAGAUAAUACAGGCUUGUCGAAACGCAAGGAUCACUAUGAAUCAUUUAUGAGAAUGGUGCAUGAAUGGUGCCACCUGAAGAUGGUGAAGUGUUUCAGUCGCGGCCACGACCCAAAUGGUGUCAAUGCUACAUCACCCAGAGAGUGUGCUGUUCUCUGUCCAGCAUGUCCACAGCCGGGUAAGAACCUACCUCAUGGUUGGGAAGAUGUCACAAAGGCCAAAUGGUGGCUAUAUGCAAUUUUUGUUGCGAUCGAUGCAAACUUUCGAUUGAAGAGACACAAUGUAUCGAGCAAUAAAGUAGACCCAAGCCUUGCAAAAGGCUGGGCAUAUUUUGUGGAGGAAACAGAAUACAAGGCCUUUCUGGGACAAUGCCUUGGAGAUGAGCAGGAGAAAAGCAUGUGUUCGAGUCAUAACACUGUCAACAUGGCUGAUACGAAGCUGUCACAAGGGCUCGCAGCUACAGGCAUGGGCACAGUCGACUGUGCCUGUCAUAAUAUGAAACGACCAAAUGGAGUCGGAGAUUUGCAGAAAGGUGAAAAAUAUAUCAACAUGGACUAUCUCUUUUUUUCUACCUUGUGCGGCACACAACUCCAAAUGUUGAAUGUGUCAUAUGACAUCGCAUGCCAAUGGCACAAACACCUAUGGGCAAGGAUGAAAUUCUUGCCACAAUCUCAUGCUUUGGACUAG